AUGUGCUACUCGCAUUCCCACAAUUACUCAUUGCCUCGCUCCCUGUCCGACAAAAAGGAAUCUUUAACCCUGAUAUUGGAAUUAGUAUACGUAUGUUUGCCCUUCUGCCUGGACUCCAGGAAAUUCAUUACGAGCCUUGGAGGGAAUGGCUCAAUAUCCAUCAGAUGUGGACGAACCAAUCUUUACAACAUCUUUUGGAAUCGCUUUCUUGCUCUCAAUUACAGAGACUCGUCAUCUUCGAGAAUUUCGACCAAACUUACCCAGCUAGCUACAAGGGUAGGGCGCUUGCUAACGCCAGUCUCACACUUGAACACCUCUCAAUGUCGUUCAUGGGAGAAGCUAGCCAUUUUUUCAAAGCUCGAGAACUUUCCUGGAAGUAAUUGGCCUAACUUGACUUGGCCUGCGCUGACUUCACGACUGCUCGUGCCAAGGGAGCGCUCGGCGGAGUUGGAUGAUAUGCUUCAGGCAGCAGCGGCGGCGGCUACGAACAUGCCAAAUCUUGAAACAAUGGAAAUAUGGAACGGAGAGAAGGGGUUAGCGAUGCUCUUUAGAUACCAGCGUAAUAAGCGAGGGCAACCUGCAGUGGUAACGUGCAGAGGAACAUGGGAGUUGACCUUGCGACCCCUUGUAAUUCAGGCUUGGGACUCUGUAUCAUUGAAGCAUUGCGGCCAAGGAAAUGUUAUCAUCAAGGAGUUACUGGAUAUUAGUGAUAGUAUCAAGUCUCAUGGUGACGCCAUACGCCAUUUGGAAUUGUCAAAGCCUGUCGUUCGCCCUGCCUCACUGCGCCAGAUUCAGAUGAUGCACACAGUUUGA